UCACAAAGUUGAAACUUUAUUUAUUAUCAAAUACGAUUUGUAAUACACGCCAGAAGACCUAACCAAAUGCUUUCGCAUAUAUCUGCUCAUUAUUAUUCAAUUCUCGAAUAAAAAAUAAAGAAUUAAAGAGCCACUCUUUACCUGUUCUUAAUAUCGUCAUUCUGCUCUCUUUGAAUAAAAUCAUAUUCAGUCUACCUUUUGCUAUUUUAUUCAUAUACAUGAAGUUUAUAGCGAUUGGCAAAUAUGAAAAGUAUCAAAAGAUUUAAAAUCUUGUUUAUUUUAAAUCCGGAUUGACCCUUUUCCGGAUUACGUUUUGCAAUGCUACAGACAGCCGCCAUGGACGUACUGUAGGCUGUAGGCUAAGCUGCACGACUCUCGUUUUCACAGAUUUGAAGGACAAUUAGUGCGCGAUCCAUAAAAAAGGUGGGUGUUCUCAUAGCUGUACCUUAACAAUGGCCAGUAAUACAGUUGUUUCAUCUGAUGAUGAAGAUAGCAAUACUAUGGAAGAUGCUGGACCCAGCUCAGAGAAUAAUUCUGAAGCAACACUAGCUUACAUGGUGGCUGCUAUUGAUUUUGGAACAACCUACUCUGGUGUGGCAUAUUCCUUUAAACACGAAUAUAAAAGAGAUAAGAUGAUCAUUCAUUGUCACAAAUCAAUUUCAAAGAAUGCAGCUGCACUUACUUCCUUGAAAGUACCAACAAUUCUGCUGUUGACACCGGAUGAAAAAUUUGAAGCAUUUGGGUUUGAAGCGGAGGAAGCAUACUCUCAUUUGGUUGAUAGCAAUGCCCACUUUAAUUGGCACUACUUCAAGCAUUUCAAGAUGAAUCUUCACAAACCACCGGUGAAACUUUCACGGGAGACAAAGAUAAAAGAUGAUCAGGAUCAGGAAGUCCUCGCCCUCACAGUGUUUUCAGAGUCUAUUAAAUAUUUCAAGAAAAAGCUCCAUGAUUCACUGAAGAAUGCAGCCAUUAAGCCGACAGAUGACACCAUCACCUGGGUACUGACUGUGCCUGCUAUCUGGGACAACACUGCUAAACAGUUUAUGAGAGAGGCUGCUGUCCUGGCUGGCAUAAAGGAUGAACACUUGAAGUUUGCACUCGAACCAGAGGCUGCCUCAGUUUACUGCAAGGAAAUCCAUGUUCAGCGCAAAACAGGAGAUGAAGGCGAUGCCUUUCUCACCUCAUAUGAUCCUGGCACAAAGUAUAUGGUGGCUGACCUUGGCGGUGGGACUGCAGAUUUCACUGUGAGAGAAGUGAUGUCGGACGGAUCUCUCCAGGAGGUGUUGUGUGCCUCUGGUGAAGCAUGGGGAGGAAUGACUGUCAAUAUGGAAUUCUGGAAGUUCAUUGAGCAACUUGUAGGUGAAGACCAGAUGAAGGAAGCCUUUGCCGAGUGCAAAGCAGAGCAGUUAGAUCUUGAAAGAGCAAUCGAACAACAAAAACGUGAUCUUAAGGGUGAUGGAGAUGGGAGCGACAUUGGAAUUCGACUAAGUCUGGGAGGUUUGAAUGAAUAUGUUGAAGACGGAUCUGCUAAGAAAUUACAAAACACUAUAAAAAAAGGAAAACUGGCUAUCAAAAAUGGUAGGGUCAAAAUACCAGUGUCAAAAGUUAAAGAUUUUUUUGAGCCUUCUGUGAAAAAUAUACAGGAACAUUUUGUAAAAUUAUUUAAGAAGGAGGAGACCCAGGGAGUCCACAAUGUGAUAUUGGUGGGAGGGUUUUCUGAGAGUAAAAUAAUACAAGAGGCGGUGAAAACAAUACUGACAGGGAAGCGGGUGGUCAUUCCCCAGGAUUGUGGACUAGCAGUGCUAAAGGGGGCAGUCUUGUAUGGACAUAACCCAGGGAUUGUUUCCGCACGCAUUAGCAGGUUCACCUAUGGCACAGAGGUACGCAGAUACUUCUUAAAAAACUUUGAUGAUGAGAAAAUGCGUGACAAAAGACAUCCAGAUUAUUGUAAGGAAGUCUUCAACAAGCUUGUAGAGAAGGACACACUGGUAUAUGUUGGUCAGACUGUCGAGACCGAAGUCUAUCCUCUGACGCCCGAUAUGACUGGAAUGACCAUUUGCAUGUAUUAUUCCGAUGAGAAAGAUCCCAAAUACACCACAGGCUGUCAUUACUUGGGUAAAAUGCUUGUUGAAAUGCCAGACACCACUGGUGGCAUGGAUAGGAAGGUGGUGGUCAGUCUGCACUUCGGCAAAACAGAGUUAGUCUUUGAGGGGAGAGACGAGACAAGCAAAAAGACUGUUUCAGUCAAGCUAGACACUCUUGAAAAUGAGGCAAUACGGAAAUGAACUGUUUUGCAUAUCAGAUUCCAGUUCUCCUUUGUUGCAUGUUUCUCGUUCAAGUUAAGACUGGAAUCAGAAGUGUAAAAUGACCAAUUACUGACAAAGUGCAUGGUUAGUACAUUCAAUUUAACAGACAAUAAACUUCAUGUGCUGAGUAUAUUAUUUUCCAAUAUAUCAUGUGCAAAAGUUCUUCCAAAGACUUGGCCCUUGUCAAUGUCAAUCAAUUAACCAUACAUUUACGGGACUCGAUCCUUUGAGCAAACAACUUGAUUUAUUAAAUGAUGGAUAUGUGAUUUGUUCAUCAUGUGUCCAAAAAAUGCUGCAGCUGCAUUGCUUAAAGAAAAUACUGCUGCUGCUGAAUUUGGACCAAUGUGUAGCCCACUUAUACUACACAGGAAAUCACAAUUAAAAUCUAAACAUGUUAUAAUGUAGAAAUUUGUCAGAUAUACAAUUGUGGAGUCUUCUUUCAAAAGAACUCGUUAAAAUUGUGUGUACAUAUAUACAAGUGUAGUUAUUCUAACUUAAAAGUAACCUGUUUAUCUUUUUACUGAAUCAGUUCAUAGUUGUUGAGUUUCUGGCAUUUGAAUAGUUGUUUUUGUUGUUGUGUAUGAUGGUUGUACCAUUUAUACUGAAUCUGGAUGUAAUUUUAUUAUGAUCCUUGUUUUAUUUAGUCUGUGAUAUUUUAUUGUAUCUAUUUUUCACCAUUGAUUAUCAAAUAGUGACUGGCAUUACAUUGAUUAGAGAUUUAAACCAACAGAAACCAAACUUCAAGAUUACAAAAAUUCGUUGAUUUAAACAUAUCAUUAUAAAAUCAUAUUAGUGUCACAUGGUUCCCAAUAAAAUGUCGUAUUGACUGGCAGCUGGUUAAAAAAUGCUGGUUGACUGAGUGUUUCUAAAAAUAUAUUAAUUAUGAAUUACAUCCCCUUGGUAUUGUCCCAACAAUGUAAAAUAUUUUGCACACUUUUGAAACAUGACAAGCAAUAACUUUGUUAUUUAGUAUAUAUAUUAAAGUAUCAUCAGAAUUAUAAGUGUAAGGAAUGCAUUUUAAUGCACUAGCUUACUUCUGAUUGUUAAGUAUUUUAAAGGCAUAAUCAAAUAUUUACAGAUGCUUCACAAAUCCAAUCAGGCUCCAUUCAUUUUACAGGUGUUACUUGCUUUCGUUGUAUAAUUAUUUAAAAACAAAAGUCCUUUUAUAAUAAAACAAUUACCCGUAUAGCAUUUUGAUUUCGGUCACAACAUGAUUUUAUCAACCUGAAAAAAUAUCAACCUCAGACUUUGUCCUUGAUCGAUAAUUUUUUUCCAGGUUAAUAAAACCAUGUAUCACCUGUUGAUGAAGACAGGGAGGAGGUCAUGACAUUCCUUUUGUUCAACGAAGUUGAAGAGGAAAUAUAGUGUUCCAUUUAUACAUACAUUGUACGUUUUUGUGUACAUACAAUCUUUUCACCUUUUGUCAGCACUCUUAUUAUAAGUGACUUCAUCUUUAAAUUAUUUUGAUAAAACUUUAUAUGUUGGUAAAGUAUGAGAAUACCUUGAGUCAGUUAGACUCUAAUUAAAGUGAUUCAGGGUGCUAAGGUCAUUGUCACUUUUUAUAGAAAAAUUUGUCAGCUCUCUAGACUAGUGACUUCAUUAUUAAUGUAUUUUAAUCAAGCUUCAUAUAUUGAGCAUUAAGUUUGAGAAUAUCUCAAACGAGUUCAUGCUUCAGGGUGCCAGAGCAAUAAGGUCAAGGACAAGUUAUCAUUACUAUUUAAAGAAACUCUUUUUACUGCUCUGUUGACCUCAUUUUUAAACAAAUUUUGAUCACACUUCAUAUACUGAUCAAAUGUGAGAAUACCUUAAAUGAAUCGGCCUCAUUGCUUAUUAAUUGUAGGAUAUCUCAGAGUGUGUACUUGGCUCAUAAGAGGAUUUGUAUCACUCGCAAUCCUCAUUUUAUUUUCAAACACAGGUAUACAAAUUGGAUCGAACACAAGUUAAAAACUAAUAUUCUAUCUUCUAUCCAUUUUGGCAGAAGGAUCACCAAAUCUAAAGCCAAUGCCAUAUUGCGUGUGCAGGGUGGGCAAUUGGGUAGGAGAUAUACCAUGGUGCCAGACUUAAUCAUGAAAAAGAGUUCUAUUUUAGAGAUUUUUUCUGAAGAAGAUGACUUUAUGAAAGCAACACAAUAUAUUAUAUUCACAUACAUAUACAUGUACAUUAUAUAUAUUUCGGAUGAAGCACAUUUAACAAAAUAUUGUACAAUAUUUAUAAUGACAAUGAUGUUUAAUGAUUUCUCACUUUCCUCUCUCGCCAAAUAGACAACAAAAAAAUGGGAACAAAAAACUGGUUUGAUAUGGUGGUUUUAUAAAUGAAUAAACUUGAUGUUAAGUGAUUGAUAAUAAAUGUAUCUCAAUAUUUUAUUUGUUAAUAAAACUAUUAAAUCAUCAGACAAA